UCGGAGGUACUAGUGGUUUAAAAAAAAAACGUGGCCGAUGGAGAUGUGGAGAAGGGGGAGCGGGAGGAGGAUGAACGAGUGGGAGGAGAAAGAUGAUAUGGAGGAGGAGGAGGAGCGGGACGAGAACGAUGUUGUGGAGGAGGAGCGGGACGAGAACGAUGUUGUGGAGGAGAUGGAGGAAGAGCGGGAGGACGACGAUGAUGUGGAGGAGGAGGAGGAGCGGGAGGAGGACGAUGACGUGAGGAGGAGGGGCAUGAGGAGGACAAAGACGUGGAGAAGAACGAUGACAUGGAGGCGGAGUAGGAGCCGAAGGAGGACGACGACGUGGCGAAGGAGGAGCAGUGAGAGGACAAUAACGUAGAGGAGGAGCAGCGAGAGGACAAUAACGUGGAGGAGGAGCAGCUGGAGGAGCUCAGGACAAUGACAUGAAGAAAG